AAUACAGGUUUGACAACAUGGCAGUAUCUUAAAGAAAACAAUCAGUUUCAAGAGAAAAGUUCAGGAUUCAAGCCGUCUUCCAUUAUAAUUCAGGGCUGAGGCAUACAUUUACGAAAACCUGAUUAAGUUCUAAAAUGGAUUCUCACCGUGUAUCAGAAAUUGUUGUUGUGCUGGUGGUUGUUGUUGUCAUUUUUGACAGCACUGUGGCGAUGACAGCAUACGAGAAAAGAGAACUGAAAAAUCAGGUUUUGGAAAUGUUUGACCAUGCAUACAAAUCAUAUAUGAAUUAUGCAUUUCCAGCUGAUGAAUUAAUGCCCCUGAGUUGUAAAGGUCGAUUCCGUGGCACACAUCCAAACCGAGGAGAUGUUGAUGAUAGCCUUGGAAAUUUUACCCUCUCUCUGAUUGACAGCUUAGAUUCCUUAGCAAUAUUAGGAAAAUUGGAAGAUUUUGAACAAGCUGUGCAGUUGGUGAUUGCUAAUACUAAAUUUGAUGCAGAUGUUAUUGUAUCAGUAUUUGAAACCAAUAUCAGAGUUUUGGGGGGUUUAUUAGGUGGCCAUGUUGCUGCAACAUCAUUUAAACGACGUAAAAAAGCUGUAGAGUGGUAUGAUGGUGAAUUAUUAGAAAUGGCAAGAGAAGUAGGAUUGAGACUUCUUCCUGCAUUUAACACAACUACGGGUAUGCCAUAUCCUAGGAUCAAUUUAAAACAUGGUAUUACUACAUAUUUAUCAGCAAAUGUCAAAGAUACAUGUACAGCAUGUGCUGGUACUAUGAUAUUAGAAUUUGCUGCUUUAAGUCGUUUGACUGGGGAUCCACAGUUUGAGGAGAAGGCACGAAAAGCUAUGGAUUAUUUGUGGCAUCAAAGACAUAGAAGUACAGAUUUAAUGGGUACUGUUAUCAAUAUUCACAAUGGUGACUGGAUCAGAAGAGAGAGUGGUGUUGGUGCAGGGAUAGAUUCCUACUAUGAAUAUGUAUUAAAAGCUUAUAUAUUAUUAGGAGAUGAAAGUUAUUUGGAUAGAUUUAAUAAGCAUUAUACAGCUGUUAUGAAAUAUAUAAGUCAAGGUCCCUUACUAGUAGAUGUUCACAUGCAUAAACCACAAUCACCAUCUAAAAACUUUAUGGAUGCUCUGUUAGCAUUCUGGCCAGGUUUACAAGUCUUAAAAGGUGAUUUGGAUCCAGCUGUAGAAACACAUGAAAUGUUAUACCAGAUUGUACAAAGACAUAAUUUCUUACCAGAGGCUUUCACAACAGAUUUUAGAAUACAUUGGGGUCAUCAUCCAUUACGACCUGAAUUUGUGGAAUCAACAUAUUUUUUAUAUAAGGCUACAGGUGAUCCAUAUUAUUUAGAAGCUGGUAAAAAAGUUAUAGAGAAUUUAAAUGAACAUGCUAGAGUACCAUGUGGUUUUGCUGCUUUAAAAGAUGUUACCUCAGGCACACAUGAAGAUCAGAUGGACUCAUAUGUUUUAGCUGAAACAUUUAAAUAUUUAUAUUUACUAUUCUCUGAGAAAUCUGAUCAUGUAUUAGAAGUUGAUGAUUAUGUAUUUACAACAGAAGCUCACAUUCUACCAUUAACAUUAUCAGUAUUCAAUUCUUCACAAGUACAAUUAAAGAUUGAUAGAGAAGCUUAUAGUAAAUUAAAAGAUAUACAGUCUAAUCCUACAACAGACUGUUAUAAAUCUACACCAUUUGAUGAAGAAGCAGAGGAUCACAAUACUUGUCCUAAUUUUCACAUUACAUCAGCCGGUGGUUCUAACUUUGCUCAUGAUUUACGUCAUCCUAUGAAAGAUUUAGUCAAUAGAGUCAGUCCCAAACCUAAUAGAAAUUCUCAGCGUUUAAAAGCUAUAGAGUUUAUAGCUGGUAAUAAAGAACAGUUGGAACAGUUAAAUCAGAUGGGUAUUAGAAUAGCUACUAUGAGUGAUGGUAGAGUUCAAUUAUUACAUACAGCAUCUGAGGCUGCUACACCAGAGGAUGCUGAAGAUGGUAUGAGAUUUAUGCAGGAAAUGAUAGAAUUGUCUAAAAAACAGAAACCUGAAGCUCAACAUGAUCCUAUGUAUGUACAGAUGGUUAGUCAACCGUAUUAUGGUAGUGUUUAUUAUAAAGCUGGACCAGCACAGUUUGGUUAUGAUCUGAAAGCAUUACCUCCAGUACAAGGUAAAUUAGGUGUAGCUGAUCCUAUCAAAGCAUGUACAGCAUUUAAUAAUAUAGAUGAUUUAGGUGGUAAAAUUGUUAUAAUAGAGAGAGGAGAUUGUAUGUUUGUUGAUAAAGCCAGGAAUUUAAUGCAUGCUGGUGCAAUUGGUGGAAUAGUUUUAGAUCAUAAUGAAGGUACAAGUGGUGAAGUACAAGCUUUAUUUGCUAUGUCUGGUGACGGCAGAGAAGAUAUAACUAUACCAAUGGUCUUCUUAUUUCAUAAAGAAGGUCAUGAUAUCCUAACAGCGUUACAAACAUUCCCUGAUUUACAAGUUUUACUUACUAAAUAUCCAAAAUCACAAGAUUCCUUUUUGCCUGGAGAAACAAAUGUAAAAAGUCCUGAGGGACCAGGAUCUAUCACAGUUACUCCUAAUGUUUAUGAUCCUACACAUCAGUAUGAUGCUGACACUGGACAACCAGUACCAUCUGAUCCCAGUAUUAAAACUGAUGGUCUUGAUUCUUCAGAUGAACAACAUAUCUUCUCUAUAAAGACAGGGUCCAAGAAAAUUCAUAUGAAAGUACACGUUUCUACUAGUCCUAAUGAGCCUACUAUAGAUUCUAAAGAACGAGAUGAUGGUGUCUUACAGUUAGAUAUUUUACCUGAUGGUUCCAAACAACUCACUUUUAAUCUGAACCAGAAGAAAUCAAGUGAUGAAAAGAAAUCCAAACCACAAUUAAAUCAAAUAUAUGUCGACCUUGUUCAAAUCUUACAAGAAAGAACAAACUUUCCCAAAUUAAGCGAUCAACCUGAAUACCUCAUAGCCAUUGCCAGAUUCCUGGAAUCAGCCUAUUUUAAUUUUGCUCAUGUAGAUUCAAAAGCAACUGAAAUGAUUGAGAAACUAGCCGCUGAAUUGAUUUUUCAAAAAACAGCCAGAGACAUCGAAGCCAUUAGGACAGGAAAAUAUGAUCUAGAUAAAAAGAAUCUGGAAGAUUCUGAUUCACAGGCAAAAAGUGAUAAAGGAGAAAAACCUUACGUGAAACUUGUUCCUCCAGAUGAGGAGUCAGGCAAAAAACAUGGAGCAAUAGUGGAUGAAAAUGGUGUUUUAAAAAUUUUAGAUGACAAUUUAGUCAGAAAUGGGAAACUAAUUAAUGACCCACUGUUAAAGAAAACCAUUGACGAAUUUGUUGAAAGUGUGCUUGGUAAAGAGUUAAAUCUUCAACCAGCCAAUCAAGUAUCUCAGGAAAAUCCCAGUGAACAAUUUCAAUCUGAAGAAAAAUCCGAAACGGCUCAAGUAUUUAAUCCUCUUAAUGACAAUUCUAAUGAUAAUAUUGUUGUAAAUGAGUAUUCAAAUAAAGACAACUUAGAAAAUAACAACUAUGCAGACAAUAAAGCCGAUUCUUCACCAACAGAAAACUACACAAGAAAUCCACCAAGCUCUCAAGAAGCAGAGAAUAAAAAAGAUGAGCUAUAAUAUUUCAACUGUGAUAAUUUGUUAUUGUUAUUAUUUUUUGUUGAUUGAUUCUAGAAUGAUUUUUUGCAAUAUUUUCUUAUAAACUCCCAAUUUUUGAAAUUGUACCAUGUUUGUAUUUCUUGAAUAAUUUGUAUCUUUAGUAAUUGCAAUGCAGUUGUAGCUAAAGCCAAAAUUGAACACAUGCCAAAUAGAAACUACUGUAAAAGAAAACAAUAUUAAUAAUGACGAGGUACAUUUAUUUCAUGAUGUAUUUUGAUUUAAUUGAGUGGUUUUAAACAUUAAUAUUUUACUUUAAUUUUUGGUUUCAAACAGAAGUUGUUCGUCUCAAAAUUGCUCCAAAAGGAAGCGGAAACAUAUAUUGUAGCCACAUUUCUGUAUCAAACAUUAAAUGUCAGGUUCAUAUGAAUUACACUUUAAGUAAUGUUUCGUAAAUAAAACAAUUAAAGAGUUCCAGGGAUAUGUUAUUCCUAAAUCUAGGGUUUAGAGGGUUAACUGUGUUUACUGUGUCAAAACAGACAACACUGCAGAAAUGAAAACUGCCAUUAGUCACCUGCAGGUUGUUUUCUUUGGAAAAAAUGUCUUUCAUAUUAACUUCCUAUUUUCUUAACCUUUAUCUAGUAUAAAUCCAACAUUUUCAAAAUAGUUUGUCAUUUGACAACCUAAAUUUUCAACACUAGUCCAAAUUUGAACUCUCGGUCAUGUUUGUGUUUUAAUUGAUAUUAUGUUUGUGUGGUGGUAAUAUUCCUAUUGUUUAAAUGAUUCUUUUAAAUUCAAAAUCGUGUAUGAAUAUAAUUUCUAAAUUGAGAUGGCAAAAAUUAUUUAACAAAGUUAUUACAUUAGUCUCAUAAAAGUCUAAUUUUUAUACACCCACAUUUUAAUGUAUUUGUAUAUUGUCAUCAGCCCUGUCUAUCUGUUUCUCAGUCACAUGCUACAAAAAUCCGUAUGUCUUUUUCAUCGCAGAGAGGAACCCUAUUGAUUUUCAACAUAUUUUUCAUGAUCACCUCCGAGUCUGGUCUAACUGUUCAUCUUGCCUGUGUAGGAAAAUAUUGUGCAUCUUCUUGUUGUGUAGGCCAACCAAAUUGAAAUAUUAUAAAGAUUAUAAUUUAAUUGAAUUGAGGAUACAUAUAUUUUCAUUUGACAGAAACCAAGUCAGCUGUUGACUGUGUAGUUUUGUUGUAAAUAUAUGAAUUUUUUUGUGAGAAGUAGAAUUUAGAAACUAAAAUAUUGGACAAUGACCAUUGGUGCAGCUUUUGUCUUGACAUAAAAAUAUUAGAAAUAAUAUAUUCAGUUACUCAUAACCUUGUACAUUUAUAAAAACCUUUACAAAUAAAGGUGUUGAUAUUUCUAUAUUAAAAAAAAGUACUAUUAUAUUAUGUAAAUAUAUGUAUUAUAGACAAUUUCCUAACAUGUACUGAUUGUAAAUUAUUUUAUUUUUAACAUUUCACUUGACCUAUAUACUUAAAAACUUAAGUGCCAGUAUUUCUAGAAAAAAUUAUGGUUUGUAAAAUGGUGUUUACCAUUUUACUCUUCAUGUUUGAUAAACUGUUUCAGUGGCAUUUAGUAAUUGCCAGAAAUACACAGGACUCAAUUCUAUGGCAUUCAAUUACUGUGCCACAUUUCGCCUAGGAUUUGUGGUCUUUAUCAAGCAAUUAUAAAAAAUGAAUGAACAUUAUAUACAACAACAUUAAUGAUGACCACCAAUUUUAAGUAGUUAAGAGAAUUGUACACAGAGUCAAAUUAAAUUUAUAGUCUCCCAGGACAUUUGUGUUACGAAUCUAUAUUUAUACACAUUGACCACCCCUGGCAUAGUGUACAGUGUUUAUUUUUGCCAUAAUAUACUUGCUAUCUAUCUUGUAGAUAUAUAUAUAUAUAUAGAUAUAUAUAUAUAUAUAUAUAUUAAAUAGAUAAAUUAGAGUACUUAUACUUUUAUUCAACAUUGACAAAUGAAAUAAUUUUUUUUAUUUUACUUCAUCUCUGGAAGAAAAGCAGCUGAUUGUGGACAUAAAGCCUAUGCCUUAAUCUGGCCCUGAUUAUAUUAUAAAUGCUGAAGAUAUAGAUUAGCUUUGUAUGGAUAUUAUAUCUUCACUCAUGUGAGAAUAUAUGUUUGUAUGGCCAGUCUUGCAAGAAGUGUAGAGGACUGGACUCCUAUCUGCACAUGUAAUAAUAUUGUAAUGUUUAACCAAAUUUAGGUGAAUAUGAAAUUUAGUGGUAUAUUUAUGUAAGUAUAGUGCUACUUAUAAAUCAAAAUAUACCUCUGUACAUAAUAGUCACAGAUAUUGAACACUGUGUACUUCUUGUAGAUAUUGAACACUUGUAGAUAUAUAAAAAGAUUUUGUAGUAAACAAUGUAAUUAUGUAAAUAAACAAAGAAUGAUGUAAACAUGUAUAUAGUAAAUAGUAAUAAUAAUUACCGUUCAAUGUUGUUAUUUAUAAUCAUUGUUGAAAAUAUUCUGUGUGUCGUAAAUGUUGAUCAAAAAAAUAAUAGGAUCUUGUAAUAUGUUUUAUCAUUGUUUGUUUGUAUCUAUGUCAUGCUGUCAUUGUAAAUAAUACAAUAACCACUGGGAAUGGACAAUAUUUUAAAAACACUGCAAAAAGAUAAUAUGUGAUCAUUUUGAAGUAUAAUUUUAAUUUAGCAGUGUAUUGUAAACCAGCCUCCAAUAAGUUGUGUUAUUUUUCCAUGCAAGUCUUGCUAUCCAGCAUUCCAACUGAAAGGUAAGACAACUUUGUUGGUGAAUAACAUACUCACAGAAAUGAUAUCAUUUUGUGGGGUGAAUUCUAACAAUGCAGAUUCAAUUUGUUUGUAAUAUGAACUUCUGACAAUCAUAUUUGUUGACAUCUGUUGUUGUGACACAUUCAGUUCACUUGUCAUAUUUGCUAAAUAAAUGUUAUAAGUUGACACAGACAUAAAAUUACCCUAAUGAUAUUAUCUUUUCGGGAGAUAUCCUUUUUUGACUUAUGGUCAUAAUCAUGAUAUAAAUAUAUUUUGUUGCACUUUUUAUACUUAUUCUUCUAAAAUAUUGUCCAGUCCAAGUGAGGAGUGUCAUGUCUCAUUUUAUUCACUGGUGAAAGAUUUUUUUUAAAGAAUAAAAUUUUUAUCAUAAUUGUAUAGAUUGUACAAUUCACGUCAGAAGCAAUUUCAAAUAAACUGGUCAAACAAUGCU